GUUAAAUCAUUUUUUCGAUAAUAUGAUAGUAAUUAUUGUGGCUACCUAAUACCACAGAACAAUACCACAAAUGUGAAUAACACAAUCAUCAUAAAAAAUGUUAGCGGAUCAAUCGUUUUGGCCGUUUUUAACCGUUGAGUACGCCCUUGCUGCGGAAUGUUCGUAAAAUCAUAAAUCUGCGAUCGGACAAUCGACGGAACAAAUCGACUGUACAAGAAAUAACUUUUAUGUGCGGUGCGUAUCGUCGUAUCAUAUUGCCGUCAAUCGGUAUCAAACGGUCGUUGGUUUUAAACUGAUAACAGUCGUCGUGAUAAUGUCAAUUACGGUUUUUUUUCUACUCUUCUUCGUGAAUUCAAAACUGUAGCGUUACGGCCGUCGAAACUCCGUUGUUGAUUUCAUAAAUUAUUCUGAGCUCUUGCGGUAAUUAUGUCUACACCGAGAUGCAAAUUUUAUUUGCAAGGAAAUUGUUAUUACGGCUCGUCCUGUCGGUUCUCGCAUGAUGAACCACAGCGCUCAAACUAUGGACACCAAUCAAGGAGCAAUAGAAACGUAAACAAAAGUUAUUAUGAAUCUGAUAGUGCUCAUAGUAGAGAUUAUAAUAAUGACUAUGAUAGUUAUAAUGAGUACACCCAAACAAAAUACGAACCUGGAAGUAAAAGCACAAACUACAACUAUAAAAAGGAUUAUAACGACAGGGAUAAUUAUUAUAAUCAAAGAAAUGAUAAAGAAUUGUAUGAUUCCAAUAAUCAUUAUGGUCAUCAAACUCAAAAACAGCACAAUUUAAAGAAUUAUAAAGAAGAUGACAGUCGAGGUAGAAAUUAUAAUUACGAGUAUAAUACAAACAAAGUUCAUGCCAGUUCUAAUAGGAAUAAGAAUUCAGAUGGUCAAAGAUAUAUACACGGGACCAAUAAUGUUAAUGAUUUAGAAAAUAAGUUAAAAUACUAUGAAAAUGAAAUUAAAACAUUCCAAAAUCAUAUAAGACAAAUAUCAUUGAGUAAUAUUUGGCCAUUCACGUGUUUCCAGCCUAUUGGACAUGAAUUUCCUAUUCAACCAGUUGGAAGUUUAAACUUGAUUGAAAUAUCAUUUGAAGAAAUUAGAUGUGAUUAUUACAUAACUAAAAAUAUUACUGCCAAUCCUGGUUUGAUUCAUAAACGGACAGUUGAUGAAUUAAUCUUAAAAGCUCAAAGGCAGAAAGAUGAUAUAUUAACAUUUAAGAGGCACAUACAAGAAGAUAUAAUAUCAACAUUUAUGAAGUGUGAAAAUUCAAAAGUUCAAAAAACACCUUUUGAAAAUUCUAUACAAGUGGACCAAAACAGUUAUUGGGAUAUGUCUAUUAGAUCUUUGAAAAUGCCAGAGGAUAAAAAAACUGAACUAGAGACAUUUAGUUUUGUUACCAAAAAAACCCAAAAUAAAUCUGAGAACGAGCCACAAUUGAAGAUACUUAUGCAAACUGAAGUAUAUGGUAAAAUAGACAAUGAAGCAUUUGCUCAAGAUCAGUUUACCGAUUUCAUACCUAUUAUGCCUCCACCUAAAAAGUAUUGUUUAUAAUGUUUUUUUUUUGGUAAAUUAUUAAUUUAAUUAAAUUGUUUUUUCAAAUGCAUUAAUAAAAAUAUACAAAUCAUAGCUUUAUAUAAAAUCAAUAAUACAUUUUUUUUUUUUUUUUUUUUUAGCCAUCUUUUUUUUAUGUUAUUUUAAUCAAUAUCACCCAAAUAAUAUUUUCAGUUUCUCUGAAUUAUUUUUAAAAUGUUCAUAAUUCUGUUAUUUUACAAAAUGUAUUCUUAUCAUUUACCAUGUACCUUAUUCCUCAAUAAGGAAUAUAAGUUUAUAUUAUUUUAGUUUCAGUGAUCAUUUUAAAGCUACUAAAUGCUAACGUAGUAUUAUUAUACAUUGUUAAGAGUGUUAAGACUGUUAAGAGUAUACACCUAAAUAAUACAAAAAAUAAGUUAUUUUUGUCUUAAUAUAUACUAUUGUAUCUGAUCCUUUUACAAAAGUGUUAUAAUUGUGAACACACUAAUCAACCUUGACUUUUGUAGAUUUCAUAUCAAUAUUAAUACAUUACUACAUUACAUUAAUUUUUAAUAAUAAUCAUAAUUUAUUCUGUUCCUA